AUGGAUCUUAUAGGUUUGAUAUCCACUUCAGACCACUCAAUUGAAGUUCAUAGAGUCGGGUUCAAGCACUAAAAGGUGUUUUAAAAGGAAGAUUUACUUGGGCCUACUUCGCUAGAGUUCACUAAGAAUGGCAAACAAGUAAUCAUAGGCUACGAGGAUGGAAAAGUUAGCAUUAUUAAGAGCGAUGAUUCUGCUUAUGAAAUAUUUGCAACAAAGAUUGUAGAUGAUAUUUCCCCAAUCACAGCUAUUUGUUAUUAGGAAGCUAAACAAUACAAAAGUCCGUACAUUCAAAAUGACAAGAGCGGCCUGCACAUCAAGCCACUACAAAGUAUAGAUUCAAAGGUACCAAAAGAGAUCAUAGAGAAAAUUGCAAUUCUGAGUGAAAUCUAGAACCCAGCAGUGACCUAGAGCAGUAUAGUUUACACAGCAGAUGCUUCUCUAAAUAUUUCCCUGCUUUACCAAGGUCAUUUUCCAAUCGCUUGCUUUAAGAUCAAGGAUAUUCUUCCUCAUAAUACUUUUGCAAGUAAUCUGAUACUCAAAAUCAGAAGAUUACGCAGCACUGAUACUUGUGACCAGUUGAUGACCUUAGCUGAAGUAUUCAAUGCUGAUAACUAAAUUCAAGGUGCUUUCUUACUGAAUAUAGACACUAGAGUGAUAUCAUCUAGAAUAUUGAAAUAAGAUAGCUAUUUGAAGUUGUUCAGUAACUUCCCCAUGAUAGAGGAAUAUGUAAGGUACUUAGAGCAGAGAAUUGAAAUGACUUGCAAGACUACAUUUUGGCAGAAGAUAUAUAAAAGUCAUACUCAAGUUAUUAAUUUCCUUAAACCAGAAAGCAGACAUGCAAAAAGUUCUGCUAAUCCUAUAUCAGAAUAAUUUUUAGAUGUUGUGGUGAAAGGUAAAAUCUCACCACUUGUCUAGAAAUUCUUGACUGACGAGAACUAUAAUACAAAGAUUCUCCAAAGGCACGAUGAGAAUACGUAAUUAGUCUUUUCAAACAUCGAGGAUGAGAUCACAGAUAAAAUCAUUCCAGUAAUUGAGAAGACGUUGCUUCUUCUUUCAGAGUUAAGAGGUCUUGUCAAGUCUAAGUCCUUGAUUUUCCCUCAAAACUAAUCUACCUCAUCAACAUAGCACUCAAUGUUCUUUUCCUUCAAUGAGGCAAUAAUUUAGAAAUUAAUAGACUUCAUGAAUUACCUCUUCCACUAAGUCCAAUAGCUGCUCUUGGAUAUCAUUGAAGCAAAGGUUGAGAUUAGAAAUUUCCUUGUGUAUUGUAAUACUAUGGUUCUUAAAUUGGCAAAUGCCAAUCAUUAGCAGUCACAACAGACAAACCCUCUUGAGAUUGAGAAUGCUAAAAGUCAUCUGGCUAAGCUUGUACCAGAUCAAAACAGAUUGAUAACGUUUUUAGAGAAGGGCGAUGCAUAAAUUGGUCUAUAGCAUAUUUAAAAGCAGUUUGAAGAAGGCUAGUUUAAGUUGCCUAUUGAUGCUGAGAAUCAAAUUGUCUAGGGGUUCAACAGUGAGGAUCUGAUUGGGAGUUUAAAGCAGCUUUAAAAGUAAGAAGAAGAUGAGAUAGAAAGACAGAAGCAAAACUUAAGAGAACAGUCAUCGCAUUAAAUGAUAAAUAUAUAGUAAGUAAAUGCCUAAAGCAUUCUUUCAUAGCAGCAAAUGACACAGGUAAUCACACAAUAAAUAUUUUUAAAAUUCUUAUAGAACUCUUCAAAUAGAAGAUAGACUAGAAGAUCUCACUUAUCCUCGGGUGACUAUACCUCAAAUUAAAGACCAGCUGCAGUUAUUAGAGGAUAAAUAGCCCAAACUUCAUAACUCUAAAAUCAAUAAAUUGAUUAAUAGCAAAUUGUGCAAUAAUCUGCUUAAUCAUCUAAUAUCCAGAUCAUUCCUUUAAAGACUUUAACUACUAGAAUCCUUGAUUUAAUUCACAAGCAAAUGAGGAAGCCACUUGAAAGUCUUAGUCCUUAUUUCAGAUAUCUACAGUUGUUUUACUUUGAGAAUGUUAAUGACCGUGUCCUUGACUCUUAUAUGACUCAUAAGGAUUGUCAUAAUAGCAAUUAGUUUUAUAUGGUUUACUCUAUAAACAAUCAAUUUCUGAUGAUCAUUCAAUAGGAUCUCUAGUCAAAGCGACUAGGAGGAAACAGAGUUAGUAUUAACUAUUAAAUGAUUCAAGUGCCAGAUGAAUACUUGAUUAAGGAGUGUGUCUUUCACUUCAACUCAAUGUCGGUGAGAGACUCUGGUAAAUGUAAAGAAGAAAUCAUAAUUCUCUGCUAAUCAGUUGCUGAAAAUGAGUCAAUAGUCAAAGUUAUUGAGCUAUAAGCACUGUUUGAUGAUUUUAACAAUUAGCACACAAUAAAUAUGGAUUAACACUUGAGUUUUAAGUUUGGUAUAUUCGCUCGAGAACAAUUACAAAAAUCGCUGAAUUAAGGAAGAGUACCUAUGAUAGAAUUUGAUGAGCGAUGCUUUAAAUUCUAGUCCAAGAACAUACAUAGCUUAAGAGCUGGAUCUAGAGGUCUGUUUAAUGUUAUUCAGGAUACUAGAGAUUUGAUAGUCAGAAUGACAGACAAUGAGUGA